GUGUUUUUUUCGCAAGCUUGACCGCGAGAUCCUCAGAAUUCGGUAUAUAUAGAUUAACUUUUAUAUUAUUCAUCAAAAGUGUGUUCGAUCGCGAGCCUGAAGGUUAUUCAACGGAAACAUACAUACAGCAUCCAUCGCGAAACAAGUGAAUAAAGAAUAAUAAUAUAGGUUUUGCAAUAUAAUUUAAAGAUAAAAAGAACUUUAAAAUGCCACAAUCUGAAAUUAAACUACAUACAAAUGGCAUCACUGACAUCCACAAUGUAGAAGAAGGUCGACCAUUUCUAUUUACAUCAGAAUCCGUGGGAGAAGGCCACCCAGAUAAGAUGUGCGAUCAAAUCAGCGAUGCCAUUUUAGAUGCUCACUUGCAACAAGAUCCAUAUGCAAAGGUUGCCUGUGAAACGGUGGCUAAAACAGGAAUGGUAUUGCUUUGCGGUGAAAUAACAUCUAAGGCUGUUGUCGACUACCAACGAGUCGUUCGUGAUACAAUCAACCAUAUUGGCUAUGAUGAUUCCUCAAAGGGAUUCGAUCAUAAAACCUGCAACAUACUACUUGCAUUAGAAGAACAGUCCGUCGAUAUUGCAGCUGGAGUUCAUGUGAAUAGGUUAGAAGAUGAUGUUGGAGCUGGAGAUCAAGGAAUUAUGUUUGGUUAUGCUACUGAUGAGACCAGCGAGUGCAUGCCUCUGACCGUUGUACUUGCGCAUAGGCUUAAUGAAAAAAUUGCAGAACUAAGAAGAUCCGGUGUUUUCUGGUGGGCCAGACCAGAUUCUAAGACCCAAGUCACCUGCGAGUACAUUUUAAAGCAAGGAUCAACAAUACCCCAGCGUGUACACACUAUUGUUGUGUCGGUCCAACAUUCGGAUGAAAUUUCUCUUAAUGACUUGCGCGAAGAGGUCUUAGUUAAGGUUGUCAAAGAAGUGGUGCCAUCAAAAUACUUGGACGACCAGACUGUUGUGCACAUAAACCCAUGUGGAACGUUUGUUAUUGGUGGACCAAUGGGUGAUGCAGGAUUAACUGGAAGAAAGAUCAUCGUUGACACAUACGGUGGAUGGGGUGCUCAUGGAGGAGGUGCGUUCUCUGGCAAAGAUUUCACUAAAGUAGACCGUUCCGCUGCUUACGCCGCUCGGUGGGUUGCCAAGUCGUUAGUUAAGGCAGGUCUCUGCAAGCGUUGUUUGGUGCAAGUUUCAUAUGCUAUCGGUGUAGCAGAACCCCUUUCGAUUAGUGUGUUUGAUUAUGGAACAUCAGACCGAUCACAGAAAGAACUUUUGGAGAUUGUGAAGAUGAACUUUGACUUAAGGCCAGGAUGUAUUGUACGCGAUCUUGAUUUACGUAGACCGAUCUACCAACGAACAAGUGCUUACGGGCAUUUUGGAAGAGAAUGCUUCUCGUGGGAGCAGGCAAAGGACCUAGAAUACUAAUGCGAAGAGCUUUUUUUAAUUAUUUAAUAACAUGAGUUUUUAAGGAUAUAUUUUGUCGUUGAGUUUAUGUGUUUUAUUUGUAUUAAUAUGUUUGUUAGCGAUCAAUUUAUUCAUGAUUUGUAAAACAAUAAAUAGUUUUUGCAAUGGU